AUGGAGCCCUUCAUUUUGGCUAAACUAGCUAAAGUAUAUGCAAUGCUAACUCAAGUUCCUAGGGCACCUAGGCAACAAGUUGAUCGAAAUCGUGUGGAUGCACAUACUCGCUUAUGGAAUGACUACUUUGCCGACACUACCCUCUACCCCCCACGAUUAUUUUGCCGCCGAUUUCGCAUGCAAAAACAUGUUUUCCUCCGUAUAGUAGAAACGCUGACUAAUAAGAACACUUUCUUCCAACAAAGGUCAGAUGCCACAAGGAGACUUGGUGCAUCAGCAUUGCUAAAGUGCACUAGUGCAACUAUAAGGUUGUUAGCAUAUGCCACAUCAACAGAUUUAGUGGAUGAUGAUCUUAAAAUAAGUGGCUCUCUUGAUAGAGAUUCAUUACAACAUUUUGUUGAGGGUGUGGUUGCCGAGUUCGGUGACGAAAACUUAAGAAGACUUAAUGAUACAGAUUUAACAAGAUUGUUAUAUGUAGGUGAGGAACAAGGAUUUUCGAGAAUGAUGGGUUCUAUUGGUUGCAUGCAUUGGCGAUGGAAAAAUUGUCCUCUACAGUUUAAAGGAUUCUAUUCGGGAAGAGCUGGUAAGCCAGCUUUAAUUCUCGAAGCUAUUGCAUCAUAUGAUUUGUGGAUCUGGCAUGCUUUCUUUGGAACACCAUGUAGGUAG